GGGCCGAGGGUGGCGGGGAGGCGGCGGGAGCCGCCGGGAUCCCGGAGGAGCAGGGGCUGUCGGCGGCGGACGAGUCGCUGGAGGAGAAGCUGCGGAGCCUCACCUUCAGGAAGCAGGUGUCCUACAGGAAGGCAAUCUCCAGGUCAGGCCUCCAGCACUUGGCUCCUGUGCACUCCCUCAACAUUCCAGUCACCAAUGGACCUGUGAAGGAACCAAGAGCGGCCUUAGAGUGGACUGAAAAUGCUGUGAAUGGAGAGCAUCUGUGGCUAGAGACAAAUGUUUCUGGGGACCUUUGCUACCUGGGGGAGGAAAGCUGCCAAGUCAAAUUCUCAAAGUCUGCCCUGCGGAGGAAGUGUGCUGCCUGCAAGAUCGUGGUCCACAAUGCCUGCAUGGAGCAGUUAGAGAAGAUUAAUUUUCGCUGCAAACCGACUUUCCGAGAAGGAGGCUCCAGAUCUCCAAGAGAAAACUUUGUGCGGCAUCACUGGGUGCACCGGCGGAGGCAGGAGGGCAAAUGUAAGCAGUGUGGAAAGGGCUUUCAGCAGAAAUUUUCCUUCCAUAGUAAAGAGAUUGUGGCCAUCAGUUGCUCCUGGUGCAAGCUAGCGUUUCAUAACAAAGUCACCUGUUUCAUGCUACAUCACAUUGAGGAGCCAUGUUCCCUGGGGGCCCAUGCUGCUGUCAUUGUGCCUCCUACCUGGAUCAUUAAGGUGAAGAAACCUCAGGUGGUCUCCAUACCAGGAGACGAGCCUGAUUGGGCAGGAGACUGGAGCCCCGAAGGGGAAACGGGCGUCUCCUACCCCUAUUGGGAGGGUUGGCAGAACUCCUUAAAGACUUCAACAAGACGAAAGAAGAGAACGUCCUUUAAAAGAAAAACCAGCAAAAGAGGAAAUGAAGAUAACAAAGGCCGGCCUUUUGUGAUAAAGCCUAUCUCCUCUCCACUCAUGAAGCCACUGCUGGUUUUUGUCAAUCCAAAAAGUGGAGGGAAUCAGGGCACCAAGGUUCUCCAAAUGUUUAUGUGGUAUUUGAAUCCACGCCAGGUCUUUGACCUCUCUCAGGAAGGGCCAAGAGAUGCGCUGGAGCUGUACAGAAAGGUGCCAAACCUGAGGAUCCUGGCAUGCGGUGGGGACGGGACGGUGGGCUGGAUCCUGUCCAUCCUCGAUGAGCUGCAACUCAGCCCCCCACCUCCUGUGGCUGUCCUUCCACUUGGCACUGGGAAUGACCUUGCCCGCACCCUCAACUGGGGUGGGGGUUACACAGAUGAGCCGGUGUCGAAGAUCCUGUGCCAUGUAGAAGAUGGGACCAUUGUCCAGCUGGACCGCUGGAAUCUUCAGGUUGAGCGUAACCCUGAUUUGCCUCAGGAUGAGCUGGAGGAUGGGGCACGUAAGCUCCCCCUCAAUGUCUUCAAUAAUUACUUCAGUCUUGGAUUUGAUGCACAUGUUACGCUGGAGUUCCAUGAAUCCAGAGAAGCAAAUCCAGAGAAAUUCAACAGCCGAUUUAGAAAUAAAAUGUUUUAUGCAGGGGCAGCCUUUACAGACUUUCUGCAAAGAAGCUCAAGAGAUUUAUCCAAGCAUGUUAAAGUUGUGUGUGAUGGUACAGACCUGACUCCAAAGAUCCAGGAGCUGAAGUUCCAGUGUAUAGUGUUUUUAAACAUACCCAGGUACUGUGCUGGCACAAUGCCCUGGGGGAACCCUGGUGAUCACAGAGACUUUGAGCCCCAGCGUCAUGAUGAUGGCUACAUUGAAGUCAUUGGGUUCACCAUGGCCUCGCUGGCUGCUCUCCAGGUGGGUGGUCACGGAGAGAGGUUGCACCAGUGCCGGGAGGUGACGCUUUUGACGUACAAAUCUAUCCCCAUGCAAGUGGAUGGCGAACCCUGUCGGUUGGCUCCCUCCCUCAUCCGGAUCUCCUUAAGGAACCAAGCCAACAUGGUGCAGAAAAGCAAGAGGAGAACAUCUAUGCCUUUGCUGAAUGAUAUCCAUAAAGUGCAGUCUGCUGACCUGAGGAGAGUCUCGGCUCCCCCUGAUUCCUUCACUGUUCCUCAUUCCAUCCCAGAUCGCCUGCGGAUCAGAGUGAACAGGAUUAACUUACAAGAAUACGAGGGGCUACAUUACGACAAGGAAAAACUCCGGGAAGCUUCCAUUCCCCUAGGAAUCAUAGUUGUACGAGGAGAUUGUGACUUGGAGACUUGUCGUAUGUACAUUGACCGUCUACAAGAGGACCUACAGUCAGUAACCUCUACUACACAGAGAGUUCAUUACCAGGACCAGGAAAGCUCUUUCCCCAGAGUACUUUCUGUUCAGAGGCUCUCUCCUAGAUGGUGCUUCCUAGAUGCAACUUCUGCUGAUCGUUUUUACCGCAUUGACAGAUCUCAGGAACAUUUGCACUUUGUGACAGAAAUUUCGCAGGACGAGAUUUUUAUUCUGGACCCAGAGAUGGUAAUGUCUCAGCAGGUGGGGACACCUCCAGGAAUGCCUGAUCUGGUAGUGGAGCAGGCAACUGGAAUAUCGGAUCGGUGGAACCCUGCAGUUCGGAAGAGGAUGCUGAGCGACAGCGGCCUUGGGAAGAUUUCUCCCCACUACGAGGUACCUGACAAACAAAAGGACGCCAGCCAGACACAUAUGCUGCAGUCACCGGUUUCUUCAGAAGAUCAAGCACUUUUACAGGCAGUCAUAUCUGGUGAUCUACUGAAGUUCAUAGAAUGUUGUAAAAAAGGAGCCAAUUUGUUAAUCCAAGGUCCUGAUCACUGCUCCUUGUUGCAUCAUGCUGCCAAGACUGGGAACAGCGAGAUUGUGAAGUACAUCCUGGAGCAUGGUCCAGCUGAAUUACUGGACAUGACAGACAGUGAAACGGGUGAGACAGCAUUACAUAAGGCAGCCUGCCAGCGCCACCGCGCCGUCUGCCAGCUCCUGGUGGAUGCGGGAGCCUCUCUGAGAAAGACAGACUCCAAGGGUAAGACCCCUCGUGACAGGGCUCAGCAAGCUGGUGAUCCAGAUCUGGCCUCCUACCUGGAGAGUCGACAAAACUAUCAAAUGGUUUCCCAUGAGGAUCUAGAGACAGCAGUCUGAUGUCUGAAAAUGUCCAAGAGGAUCCCUGGAAAUCUCGAGACUGCACCUGAGGCACUCGGGCAUCGUGUGAGGAAGAAACUGAUGGAAUCCAUGUGUCUCUCACUCUGGAGGAAAAUACCUGAGGACAUGCCACCAGUUUCUAAGGGCUACUGAGUCUUGCCGCAGAACGGUUAUGUUCCAUAAGUUAGCCCAUGAUGGAAGAGGUGGGACACUCAAAGGUCUGUGGAAUCCAUAGGCCACAAAAAUUUACCUUUAUUGCUUCCAGCAAGUAGCAUGAACUUCUCCCAUGUUCAUCUGUACAAUUUAUUAAAGAAAGGGAAAAAAAAAAAAGGAAAGAGUAAAGAGAGUGUGGGGGAACAAAAUCCAAACUAACUGGUACAUUAAGCCACCCAACCAGGCUCUCCUCCAUCCUUACAGUUUCCUGCAUUGCUUUUAUUCUCCUGUUCCCCUCACUUCUCAUCAGUUAAAUAUUACCUGUUAUCUCUGUGUUGUCUUCACAAAUGGUCAGGCAGUAGCAAAAUAUUUGAGGAGCUCUGGAUGCCCUUUAGAAAUAUCCAGUGUUUUUACUAGCUACAUUCCCUCCCUUGCCAUCCUCUCGGAAGCUGUGUUGUCAGUACUCAGCCACCAUGGAGUUUCCUUGCUUUCGGAGAGGACUUAUUCCUUGUUUCCCAGGGCGUGGGGCAGGGUUAGAUUUCCAGCAGUGACAAAACCCAGCCUCAUCAUUGGGCAUACAGUUAUGGUAUCCUCAUGAGACAGGAAUUUGUAUGGAAAGGAGUUAUUUGGGAUUUACCAUGCUGAAUGGCAGAGCAGAAAGUCACCAGGAAGGUUUCUCAUAUCACUUUUGUGCGUGCAGUGGCUGACCCAGUUCUUCUCAGGUUUCAGGCCUGCCAAGAAGUUGAUAGCUGUUCUUUCCUCCUGAAAAGAUGGGCUUUACAAUGGGGAGAGAUUUGUGCAAAACUUAGGGAAUUCUGAUGGACUGACUGACAGACCUAGUCCCUUUUGCAGCACAGCCAGAGGGAGGAAGGAGGCCUGGAACACCAGCAGCCAGCUGGGCUCGCUGCUGCCAACAAACAAAUGGGCACUGGCCUGGUCGCGUUGGGAAUGGGGAAACAUUCCUUGAAUGAACCUGAAAACAAUCUGAUUUUUCAAGGAAACAAAGUUUUGGGAAGUCUGUCCCUGGAGAAGGACAGGCAGCAGCUCUUUGCCUUGUUACCCACCACAGGUUUGAAAUGUAAAGCUCAGCUGCUGUGAAGGCCAGCUGUGUCUUCUGUACUCGUCUACUCUCUGUCUUAUAACCAUAAAAGAAGAGAAUGCAAACAAAUACACAGGCAUAAAAAAAAUGUUUCACCUUUGGGUUUCCAAUUGCUACAGAUAUCUCAGCUGAAAAAACAGCAGAACUUCUACUUUGUCAGCCCAGUGCCCAUGAAGAUGCUCAUGGCUGACUUUUGGCAUAACUCUUGCAAUACGUUUUUGAAUUUUGCUUUGUCGUUUGGUUCAAAAGAUCCACCAGUGUUUGUUCUCGCAUCCCUUGCUAGGGGUUGCUCUCUGAUAGAUGGUGAUCAUCGGGGUUGCAUACAGUUGGAAACCAUGGAAAUAACUCAGGUCAUUAUCCAGAUAAGUUUUUUUUCUUUGGUAGAUGUGCAGAAAAUCAAAUGAAUGCAAUUUUUUUUUUUUUUUAAAAACGAGUGAUUGUUGUGGUGGGGAGAGGGGAGCUGAACAAUAUAUUUUAAUUUCUUUUUCUUCUUUUCAAAAGUUUAUUUGAUAUGGGCAAAAUAUUUCUUUAGUAUUUCUUCCUCUGGAAGGAAACUAUAUAUAUUUGUAAUCUAUAGAUAAAUGGCGACAUGAAAUGUAUUUUGUCUUAUUUUCUGUCUUUACCUUUCUCAUUUAAAAAAUAAAAUAUGAAAGCCAAAUUACUUCCCUUGAUAAUUAUCCAGGGACUUGUGGAGAACAUUUGUGUAUAUAUUAGAACAGAAUUUGGCAACCAUUAAAAUAAAAAAUCAGAAUAUAGUUUUGGUGUAUGUGAUAUUUCCACAAGGAAAGAUCCCCACACUGUGGUUUCAUGGUAGGCCUUGCUUCAUUUCCCAGCUUUGAGAAAAUACACUACUGUAAUAUUGCUAUAUAUUUGAUGAAAAUAAGAAUUAUGUUACCAUCACUUUCAUCUUUUGGUUUGCUUUACUGAUCUGAGAAAUGGAGGAAGUUUCAAUGACACAGGAGCUUGCCUCUGUCUUGUGCUGAGGCCAAGCUGAGUAUGGUCACUGAGGUUGUGACAGCUCCCUGAUCCUUUAGUCCCAUGAAGCAGGGGGAGCAGUAAAGGCUUGCUUUAAUCACAGGUAGCCUCCAGAGGCCAGACGUGGGUUAUGAUAAGGGAGCUGCUUCUGGUCCCUCUGUCCCCAGCUGUCCUGCCCUUGUCAGCUCAUCCCUGGUACCCAGGAGAUGCCUGCAGCUGUGGCUGGCUCUGGAGCAGCUUGUCAGGAUGGGCAGAUUUCCCAAGCAAUUUUGUGCCAUUUGGACUGCUCAGAGGAACUCGGAGUGCACGAGAGAGCGUGGCUUGCCUUUUUCACCGAAGGCUGGAGUACAAUGAUAUGAUCAGUGAGCCUGUUGUGUCUCUGGAAAGCUGCCUGUGCUGUGUGCUCAGUAGGAGACAGCCACUGUAUGAUAAAAAUAGCCCCCAGCACUGUAGGUAGGACAGGAACUGGCUGGAUGUAGUGCCUUUAACGUUCAAGGUGUCCCAAAGCACUGUACACGUGAUGCACUAGAUGCUGGUGAUGUUUUGCAUCUGUAGGUAACAGAACACAUCUGUUGUUUCCUACAAUGGCUCAUGCGUGGCAAGAUCAUCAGAAGCUGGUUCCCAGAGGGCAGUUUGGGACCAGGAUGCUGCAGGACUAUUCCUUACCCUUUUCAAGUGUGAUGGGAUGGAGAGAGCAGGCAGACUCUGCAGCAGUUAAAGGUGACACAUAUCUAUUGAAUCUCUGCGGCACUUGGGGUCUAGAUUAGUACAGUACAACUGUGUCUGCACUGGGCAGGGCCCAAAUUCCAGUGUUCAGCUGGGAGUCCACUUAAAUUACAUGUAAAGCAUUUUGAUUUACUAAAAGCAUCUGUUCAGUGGCUGUGUCUGUUAAUGUGUGUAUAUUACUAUAUAUAUGUAUAUUUAUACGUAUCAGUAUGCAUGUAUAUAGGUGUACACAUACAUAUGCAAACACACUUGAAAACUGUGCCAUUUGAAUGACAAAGUCCCUAGGGAUGCUCAGCUACUGAGAUUGCUGGACUGACAAAAUGUCAUUUUCCAUUUUAAUUUCUUAUUAAAGGGAACCUUUUUCAGUAGAACUGAGGAGCUUCUGAAUUGUUCCAUUGUACUGGUUUUACGAUCUCAUUUUGGAGUUAAAUGGAGGGAAAAAAGUAUUUAUAAUGUUGAUAAAAUAAACUUAAUUUUGUAAUUUAAUAGCAUCAGUUACUCUUAUUAUUUCAUGUUUCAAUGCUAGAGGUAUCUUUUAUGUGUUAUUCAAGGCAUGAUGGUGUCAUACAAUUUUCACUUAUUAUAGCAUAGAAUGGCAAUGGACAGGGACACCUGCACUAGACCAGGCUGCUCAGAGCUCCAUCUAAGCUGACCUGAACACUUCCAGGGAUGGUCACCCCCAACUUCUCUGGGCAUCCUUCAAUACCAUGAGAUGUGAAGCUGAGUUUUUCCUUAUGUAAAAAAAGGGAUUCAAGGCAAAUUUUGCCUGUUACAAAACAGAACUCUAGUGGCUCUUUCAUCAUUUCAUGUGGUGGCUUGCUUACCUGUGUUUUAGCACUUUAGGAUGUCUGUCGGUGUUUUUACUGUCACUCUUGCUUUUCCCCAGCAGCAGUAGAAUUGCUCAGUCUCAACUCAUGGUGCUGUAGCCUGGAUUCACUCUACAUGAGAUGUCCUCUGCUACAUGAGGACUGUCAUACAGAAGAACCAUAGACAAAGAAGAUAGUACAAAAUCGAUGUUUUGUUGCCACUGAUCUUCCCAGGUGUAUUUGCUGAGCUGGUACUGUUGUGUAACAAUAGAUGGGGCACAUAGCUUUUCUGGUGAUGUGGCUGUGGGAGGUUUGUUUCAGUAAUAUUUGAUGGCCUCUUUGUUUUGUCUUUGUCUUUGCUGUGACAGUGAAAUGCAUGUUAGUGAAAGUUCCUAACACAAAUUCAUCUAGAAGGUGGCUAUUUUCCUUUCAGCCAUCCCAGAUACCUUCUGUGGGACAUACUUAUGUGUUGACCCUUCCAGGAUGACAAAAGCAUGCUGACAUGAUCUGUCUCUGGGGUAUGAAAUGGACAAGAUACAUUGAUAACAUCAAUUUUUCUGGGAGCAUAAUGGUACUCAAGAAACGUAUGGUCAUGCUGGAAAUUUGAAUGCCUUGAAAAAACCCCGAGGAAAUUCUGUCCUUGCGCUCUAUGUACUACAAGAAAAAAACAGUUCUUGUGCUGAUCUGAUUUAAGGUGUGUCAUUUUCCUUCUCCCACUUUUUGCUUCUUUUGCACCAAACAUCUCUAUAGAGAAGUAUUUUAUAAGACUUGUUUUUAAACUUGCUAAAAGUAACAUUUUGACCUCCAUUUUACCUGUUCAUUUCCAUUCAUAAGAUAUUGUUUCCUCUCUUUAUUUUCCUCAGUGAAUCUGAGCCAAAGUGACACUGUGUUUAUUAGCUUCCUAAUUAGUCUAAAGCACCAGAUGUAUCUUUGGACAUUUCAGCAGCCCUGGAAACAGCUUAUAUUCCUGUGCCUUUCUGGAUGGACAGGACACAGUACUUGAGUGCUCACUGUGGUACUCCUCUUCUCACUUUGCUUUCUUAACAACUACUUUUCUUUGCAAUGGAUUACUACAGCCUUAAAUUCCAUGAUCUGCCUGCCAAAAUCUGUUGAUUGCAACAGCAACUCAGUAAUGUGCUGCAAGUGACUCCAGGUGACCGUAGCAAGUGACCAUGGCUGCUUUUGCUCCAGGUUGUGCCAUGGCACUGGGAUUCCCUGGAGUGCCUGUCUGAGCUCCCCUGCAGGUUCCAGAGCUCAGAGCUUCCCCUCCCCGCUGUGUUCCCAGCACUGCUGCCCGUGGUGGUGCCCACAGAGAGUGAUGUUCUCUCAUUGCAGUAUGUGUGCACUGGAGCAACACCCCCCACCUUGGCCAAGGAAUUUCCUGGCCCACGUAUGGUGCCAUUUGUGCAAAAGGGGAAAAUUCCCUCCCUCGGGCCUUGAUCACACCAGUAAAUUCAUUAUAUUUGACUUCAGUGAUUAGGCAGGCUCAGAGCUGAAUAACCUUACUGUAUUCAGCCAUCAGAGUGGAUCUUGUCUCCUGCCUUAUUUAUAAGGUGCCACAUUCCAGUCUCAGCUGCAGUUUCUUGUUUCCCUGACUGAUUUAAAAAAAAAAA